UCAAAAAUCCACCCCAACGCCUUGGCCACAGGAGCCAAUGACGCUGCCCAAACCUGGGACCUAUUACUUCCCCUGGGAGCUCAGUGCCGGCCAGGCUCCUGACGGAGGCGCACUGCGGACGUUCGGCAGGUUGAGCCUCUGCGACAUGGCCGAGUCCCGAGCGACCCUGACAGCUCAGCACGGGUCUGAGCAGCACCAGGUCCUCGUCUGUACCAAGUUGGUGGAGCCGUUCCAGGCCCAGGUGGGCUCCCUGUACCUGGUCCUUGGGGAGCUCGAGCAGCAGCAGGCUGCGCUGUGGAACGAUGCAGGGCCACGCGUGUCACCAGGAAAGGCGCAGGCCUCUCGGUGUUCAGGCGGACACCUGCCUGCUGACCAGGCAGCUGGGCAGCGCUUCCUGGGGAGGGACGAGGGUCAGCCGUCCACACUGGCCGGAGAUCCGGACGUGGUCACGCGCCCACGCCACGCUGGCCCGGCGUCUCUGCACCCAGCACUGGGGCCCCCAGAAGCCAGUGGCCGCAGGCGACCCCGUGGUCCAGACAAGCUCACCCCCCCCCCACCCCGUUGGAGGCUGGCACCUGCGCCGCCCAGCGCUCUGCCUUCUGCCGCGGCUGGACGAGCAGGAGGCCAGCAGAGACGUCUAACCCAGAGCCCCUCUGAAGCAUCAGAGGAAGACAGGACGAGUGUUCUAGAACACUGAACGCACUCACUGAUGGGCCGGGGGAGCAGAGGACAUGAGAGAGAGAGAGAGAGAGAGAGAGAGAGAGAGAGAGAGAGAGAGGGAGAGAGAGCAGGGCCCCCCAGAGGCCCGUUUCCGGCUGCUGCCACUUGAGCGUAGACCAGCCUUUCUGUCGGGCCCCCCGGCCCAGGGGGUACGGUUCACCCCUAUAAGGCCACCCCCCACCCGGGUUUACUGCAUACGGGCUUCUCGAAGGCCAGGCGGUGCCAGGACGCCCUUCCCCUGGUACAGAGGGAACUGGGGUGGCGACGAGAGCCCUCCUCCCCGCCCCUGGGCCCCAGAGACUAAGAUGACCAGGGAGGGAUGCGGAGGGUGCGUCUCCCCGGCGUCUUCCCUGGAGAAGCGGGAUUUGGGGGGCCCCCAGUUCCGGGCACCCGCCCGCCCGUCAGGCACGGCCCGGGGACCCGCCCCCCGCCG